AUGUCGGCCACACCCGUCAACAUUCUACGGUAUUCCGUUCUCGGCCUGGGAGUUGUCUACGGCUUCUAUCACCAACGGACCAUCACCUCUACGCAAAAGGCAGCCGCGGCGCAGCGGGACUAUGAGCACAAGCAACAGUUGAUAAACAAGGCCAAGGAGGCAUAUGCCAGGUCAAAGCAGCCCGCAGCUUCCGCCAGCGGCAGCUCUUCUGGGCUGAACCAAGACCUCAACUCACCGAACCUCGACCUUGAGGCCCUUCUUGAAGGAUUUUUGAACCAAAAAUAA